GGGGGAGGGGGCGGUGCCGGGAGAUGAACCGGGAGCGACAGAGUGCUCCGAUUCUAAUCGAUAGGCGGCGGGGCGGAAGGCCGGCCGGCCGGUGGGCAUGAGAGCGGCCAUCGAGCAUGUCCGGUGGAGAGAGAGACUCCGAGGUGGAAGAAGCAGGACAGGUUUUCUUACUUAUGAAGAAGGAAUAUCGGAUUUCCCGCAAUGUGAGAUUAGCUUGGUUUCUCAACAGACUGAAUCAAAGCAUUCGACCGAUGUCAAAGUCAGAGCUUAGCAACUCUAACAAUGAAUUGGAUGUUCUCAGUGUCCUACCAAAAGGCUGGCAGCCAGAUGAACCAGUUGCUAAUCAAACAUACCAACUGGUACCCUCAACCAAUAUUACCUUCCUUGCUCAGCGAUACCGCUUUGUUAUUGAGCUGGAUCUCAGUCCAUCUACAGGGAUUGUGGAUGAUUCUACUGGAGAGCUGAUUUUUGAUGAAGUGUUUCAUGCACUCUCGAAGUGUUUAGUGGAAUUAUUGCGACCAUUUAAAGUCCCGGGUACGGAUAUAGUGUUUCAGCCAGAGAUCUACAUUACUAUUCUUGCUUAUUCUUCUAUCAUAGGACUUCAGUCUCACCAGGUUCUAGUUCAAGGCUAUUUAUUGGAUCGAAGCAGCUUGGAUACUUUCCAUCAGCACAUCUAUCAGCAGUUACGAGCAUUUGAAAACAAUGUGGCUGAAGUUCUUCAACAGUACUACAAGCCCAAAAUGCAGUCUGAUAGGCCCAUUUUACCCCAAGGGGAUGCUACUGACUUCUAUGAUCAGUCCUUGCGCAAGAUGACAUUUUCUAUGGUAACACCAGAUAUGGGACUCGUCAACAUGAUCCGCAGUGGAAUCCUUGCACUUCAGUUGCUGCCAUCCAACUCCAGUGCAGGUAUAAUAAUCAUCACUGAUGGUGUAACAAGUGUACCAGAUGUCGCAGUGUGUGAAACAUUGUUAAACCAACUACGUGGUGGCACAAUUGCUUGUUCUUUUAUACAGGUUGGAGGUGUGUAUUCGUAUGAUUGCAGCUUUGGUUAUGUACCAAACUUGGAGUUAAUGAAAUUCAUUGCUAUGGCAACAUUUGGAUCCUACAUGUCCACAUGCCCAGAAAGUAACCUCAAUAUGAAUGCAUACCACAAAGCGUUUCUACUGUAUAGCUUCCUGAGACCUGGAGAGUCAAUGAACCCAGAAUAUUACUGUGUGUCCCAACAUAAACUGUUCAAUGAGCACUUGGUGUCUGCCAGCAGUAAUCCCGCACUGGCCAUGAGACGAAAGAAACAUGCUGAGAAUGAGGUGCAUGCAGACCUGACCAGUGUUGUCUCAGUACGAUUGCGUGAGGGCUACACAGUGAAGGAACUUAAUAUCACUAAAGGUGGAACUCAGUUGGAAGUGAAACUGAUGCUGCUGUGGAAACACAACAUGAGAAUUGAAUAUCUUGUGGUAGCAUCAUGGCCUCUAGAUGCAGCCAAACGCUUGACCUGGGUGGAGGUAACAAUGGAGGGCAGCUAUGAUAUGCUCCAUGACAUUAGCUGCACUAUGAGGAAACCAAUAACCAGCCCAUAUCGCACCACAGUUAUUCGGCGGUUCUGGAACACUCUGCAGAGUAUUAAUCAGACGGAUCAGAUGCUGGUUCAUCUCAAAUCCUUCAACACUAUCCCUGAGCAUUACACCAUCCCAGAGAGCACCAAGAAUGGGGUUCCAUUAUUCUACAUCCCACCAGGAUCGACCACACCGGUGCUGUCGCUGCAACAUAGUGGCUCUAAGGACUCCAGCCAAUCCCAGUUUUCCUCUUACUGGAAGCCUAUCUUGUCUAUGGAUGCCAGCUUCUGGCAGCGGUGGCUUCAUAUGCAUCGCAUUGGCAUACUGCUGGAACAUGAUAUCCCAGUGCCAAAACAUAUCCAUACACCAGGAAGUAAUGGCCGCUACAGUACCAUCCAGUGUCGGAUUUCUCUCUCUGCAUUAACAUCCCUCCUGCGGGAUUGGAGCAGUUUUGUGCUGGUAGAAGGAUACUCCUAUGUUAAGCUUCAUUACAAUGGAACAGAUCAGCCUCCUUCUUCCUUUUAUCUUGUCCGAGUUAUUUCCAAAGCUCCAUGCAUGGUCCUUCGUCUGGGAUUUCCUAUUGGAAUGCAAGCUCAAGCUAGAAAUAAGAUUGUUGAUGAACUGCGAGAUCAGAUACUUUCACUUCGCUUUCCCCAAAGAGUGCAAAGCAAAGAAGCAACACCAAAAGUCAAGAGGAAACAUCUGGGGAAUGCCUCUCCUUCAAAGUCUCCUCCUCUUCCUGCCACACAGCUGGCACUUUCUGAUCGACCCUGUGUUGUAAUUCUGAAAAAACCAUUGGAAAAGCUUCUCAUUAGGUAUGAGAAGCUUCCAUCAGACUAUCGAACUCCUUUUAUCUUGAACUUAGACAACUGUGGGCAUCCAGCAUCUAUGUCAGGAGCUACAACAAUGACAACUACUCGCACAGCUUCCUCCACGCUUGCCUCCCUGUCUCGUUACUUUUAUCAUCAACGCUGGAUAUGGUCUGUGCAGCCAAGUUUGGGCCCAUCAGUGCCCAUCACUUCUGCAGCACAGAUGCUUUCUAUUCUCACUGAAAUUCGUUUGUCUGAAGGGUUCCACUUUGCUGCCACUGGAGAUGGCAUUGUCACCAUGGUGAUUGAGUUACCUAUGAAGGGCAAUUCAAGAUGUGAUGCUGAUAAUGAUGUGCUGCACACAUGCCUAGUACAGUACAUCAUCUUUCCACCUCAUACUACAUCUACCAAAGACAGCUUCUCCACAGAUGACGAUAAUGAUACUGAAGUUGAGGCAAUUGAACUUGACACAGAGUUAAAUUUAGUGACUGAAUGUUGGGUGGAGCCUCAGAGCGGUCAUGUGGUUACCUCUGCUGACAGCCGCAAGUACUUGAAUGGAUUGUCCUAUUUAGACAUCCCGAAAGCAAUUUUUCCACAAGACUAUGCAUGUGUAUCUUCCAUGUUGACAUUUGAACAUCUGAGUCAACUCUGUCAGAAUAAAGACUACAUCUUGCCGCUGUGGGGGUCAAGGAGCACAGAAGCAGGUGAUUAUGAAACAGAGAAUGAUUUUAUUCGAGCUGUUCCAUUCCAGUUUGAUCUGAUGAAGCUUUUGUCAAAAUGUCAACAAAUAGAACUGUUUUUCCACAUGUUGACUAAAGCAGAGAAUGAUGAGAGUACAAAGGAGACUACCUCUUUACCCAAUGAGAUCCUGUUAAACCUUUUCCAUAGCUGUUUGCAACAGGAUCUUAGUGACCGUGAAUUGCCAUUAGCUGACUCUGACCACAUAGCAUUUAUGCAGCAAAUCAUACAACGGGAUCGGAAUGGUCAUCCCAUGCCUUUUUCGCUACCACAAGUUAAAGAAGAACCACUGAAAGUGACCAAAAUGUUGGACAGACAAGAUACCAUGAUGUCAUUGCAUACCCUUGGAAGUAACAAAGAGGUCCUGGGUUCAACCAGCACCUUACAGAGUGUUGGCAAUCCUGAGAUGACAGAGGACAGUACCUUGCCAGCACAAGAUAAGAGCACACCGCAGUGGAAAUGCUAUGCCAGGUUUGUGACUGCACAGCAAAUCCUGCUCACCUUUUUACCAGCCACCUUUGCAGAUGUGCAGCGACUGAUUGCUCCUGGGACUGAUGAGAGCACAAAACAUUCUGGAUUAGAAGAUGAUGAACUACUCCAGGUGGAAGUGAAAGAAUCAGUGUUGAGUGAGCACUCUGGAGCAUUUAGUGCAACCUCAACAACAACAAAGUCUGAGUUGGGCAUUGUUGAGGAAGCACUUGAAAGCAAAGCUAGCCAAGUUGCUGUCAGUGCAUCGAAGAAUAACAGCAGCAAAAAAGAUUUUGUGACAACUUUGCGGUCUUCAGGACAGGAAACUCAUUCUGCCAGAUCCACGCCUCUCCUUUCUCCAACCUUGGCAGGUGUUAAUGAAAUGUCACUUAUUGAAUCUGAAAAGGAGGAAAUACAACCUGAUACAGACUCAGUCUAUGUGGCUUCAGAAGUAGAAAAGGAACGAGUAGAGUUCAGUUUACCUCCCAAAAAAGACUGCCACAUCACAUUCAGCCGACAAACUUCUCAGAUUGACUUGCGUGACCCAAAUCACCUUCGAUGUCCUGUCUAUAUAUACAGCUGCUCAUUGGAAUCUUUGAGAGAGCAACUUGUGAAUUCUUGUGCUGAACGCUCUAAAAAGGACAUUUAUUUCAGAUCUCAAGACAAUGUUUCCUGGGAACUGUAUCAGGAUUUGAAAACCAGAUCGUUGUCGCAGGAACGGCCAGCAAACUCCUCCUCAAUGGAUCCACUAUCCUAUCUUCACAAGAACAAAGAACUCGCCAACUACUGCAACCUUCUACAAGAACAUUACCAUCAGUGUUAUGUAAAAGGUGUAUUUAGAAGUUUACAGCAAUCAUAUUACAUCAGCUCUCAGGACCUACUUACAGCUAUGGACUACUGUGAGGAAUUGCUACAGGAAAUCGAUAUCACCACUUUUCUGCAAACACUUUGUGGACAUAUCCGUUCGUUCCGUGAAAGUCAUGACUUGCAGCCUUGGAGUGAUCAUGACUCCAACCCUACAACAUUUGUGAUUGGAGGAGUAGAACCUGAAGAUGAGCGGGUCCAGAGGGGUGUUCUUGCAUCUACUUCAAGUAUAGAGACUGAAGACCUCAGUGAGCAAGAUUUGAAGAGUGUACAGUCGAGUGUUGCAUCUCCAGUGACCCAUGAAGAACCAAAAGCAAAGAAGAUCUGUCUGGAAUUUCCCCUUUCCCUUCUUCAGUCCAGCCAACAUUGUGAGGUCUACCCCAACUUGCAUAAAAUCAUUCAGGACAAAUUCCUUGAAAUUGGACGGCAACACUUCAAGACAGUGCCUUCAAACCCUUAUUACUUCUUCUACUGUCCGCCCUCAGCGAAGAGAGAGGAAGAAACUUAUCAAGAUGAAAGGGACCGAAAACAGAGUGAAGAAAAUGAUCUUUCUGAGUUGGAGAUUGCAGGGGAGGAGGGCAAUAUAUCGGGUUGUGGUGUAGUGACCGAGAGUGAUCCCGAUCUGGAAGUGGAAUAUCGAGAAAGAUCUGACAAAGAAUUACAGGAUGCAGAAUCACUUUCAGAUACAAACACUGUGAACAGGGAUGAUGAUUCAUUCAGUGUUCUUGGUGGUGAUUCUUUAAAUGAACAAGACAUUUCAGAUCAGGAAAUGCCACCAUUAUUUGUUCAUCUCACUUGCUCAAUUGGUGGGAAGAAGUGCCAUGGACCAUUCUCGGUAGAAUCCAUACCAGUAGAGUCAUUGCCUACUUGCCUUGGUGAAAUUAUCAGCUGCCCGGAGAACUUUCCAGUCAAAUCGAUUGAUCUAAAUGACUUAAUUGUCACCCUGGACAUUUUUGUGCUGACUCUUCCAUUAGAAAUUGAGAUUAUGCCCACCCAUGUAAACCACCACAGGUACACAUCUGAAAGCAGCAGCUCUAUGAACCGAUCACCAGGCCAACCAUCAUCAUAUCGAUCUGAUGAUGAGAUAAUGCAAAACAUGGAUCGACUUGUUUCUACCACAGACGAGAGGAUUACUGAAGCUUUGUGUGAUCCACUGUCUAAGUUGCCCAUGUUGCACAAGCAAGCUGUUCUUGCUACAAUGGAUGAGAUCCAUUGGCUACUGGAAGAUGAGAUUGUUUCAGCCUUGCGCCAUUCAACAAAUAUUACUUUAGCUACCCUACAGAAAGUUGCCGAUCAUGUGUACAGUUCAAAGGAGAGACCACGAUGCCACAGCAAAGUGGUUCCUUUAAAGUUUGUUUUUGGUCCGGAGGAGUCACUGGAGAAAUUUAAAGAGGAAUUUAAACGCAUGAAUCUUCCAGGAUACCUCCUCAAUGAGGAGGCAAACAACUUCUACUAUCUGUCUGUGAGUCGCUUGCAUGCACAAAGAAUAGAGGCAGUGCAGAAAUGUUCCACAGAACUAACACAGCACAGCCUGGCAAGUGAGUGUGUGGCAGUGGCAUGUGAUGAGAGUGCAGAUGCAGAAGUAGCUCUGAUUUGCCAUCAACGGCAGGAGAAUUGGAGUGAACAAAUGGAAGUGACAACAACAUCAACAUUAACUGAGGGAGAGAAAAAUGAAGAAAAAUCGCAGAUUUCGCAAGAUGAAAACAAACCAACAUCUGAGAGAAUGGUGAUAUCUGCUGUGACUAAUGGAGCAUAUCUUGCUUCAACUGAAUUUGUUGAAGAGAGCAUGGAAGAGAAAAGCUGCCUCUCUAUCAGCCAGUCUGAUCAACAGGAUCAAGUAUUUACAGUAAUCAAGCCUGACCGAUCUCUCACUAGUACACCUCUCCAGCAGUCAAGUCCAGGACCUGAGAGAGCACCAGUGGCAAAUCCCCCAUCGCAGGCCUCUUCUGCUGUGAGUCUCGCUGAAUCUGUGCAGUCCAAUAUACCUGGCAGUACAGGCUGUUGCAAGCUGAGACCAAGCCGAGUACAGAGUGUGGUUUCCAGUCAGGGCAGUCUGGAUUCUGAUCUAUUAGGAUAUGAUGGAGGCAGCAGUGAUUCAGAGUGCGAAGGUGCAACAAUGAAUGAGCAGGACCCAAAAUGUCCACUGAUGCCUGAUUUUUGGUUGAUCAUCAGAAUUCACCAUGAUCGAGUUGAGGUUUACUGUCAUACACGAAAUCUUAUUGGGAUAAAGGAUGAAUCAGAAGUUGAAGAAGAGGAAGAACUCGAAUACUUGCAUCUCUAUAGAACAGUGAUUGAAAAAAUUGCUGAAAUUUGUCGUGUGGUCAACCAGCGCCUAUUGCUCCAGGAUCUGCAUGACAGUCAUGUCUGUAAUUCAUUGCUUGUCGCUGAAAGUGAAGAGGACAUCUGGAAGAAUGAAACCCCCUACCCUUCAUAUCGUCCGCGGGCUACAGCUAGUGAUGACUAUUCAGCAGAUGAUAAUUAUCAGUCGAAGGAUUACUUGGCUGCUACAAUGCAUUUUAUGGCAGGCCACUUUUCCUGUGAAGUGGUGUGGAAGACCAUCAUACAUAUCCAUCCUCGACUCAAGAUGGGACCCAACAUGGGUGUCGCAAGAGCUAUUCAGGCCCUGAGGUCUGUUCUAAAUGCUUUUUCGGUCGUGAACAGGAAAAAUAUGUUUGUAUACCAAGAAAGGGCCACCAAGUCUGUAUUUUACCUAAGACUGUCUGAAACAACAUGCAGUGGCAACUCACCAGAUUGGGACAGGGAGAUUCAACCCCCAUUGUCUUCUCGUUCACUGGCGUUAACACGCAGCCAGGAACCGAUACUCAUUGAUGAACUCGGGAGUUCCAGACCCUUUGUGGAUUCCACCCCUUCCCGAAGUGCGGAGUCAUCCCGACCUGUUGGCCAAGUAGAUAAGCACAUUCUACUGAUGGUACACGGUGUUGGACAGGCAGGACCUGAAAUCACAGAUGAGUUGGUGAAGGUCCUGCGAAGGCGAUUGGAUGAAGCAACACUUGAUAUCAUCACAGUCAUGUUGGUCCGGAACUGCAAACUGACUCCGGCUGAUGUAGAGUUUAUACAGCCACCUGGCGCUCCACCAACUGAAGUGGUGCAGUUCACAAUCUCAAACUGCUGUUUACCUUGGCUGCAUGCUGUAGCAUAUUACCUGCGUCAGAACCUGCUGAUAUUCCUUCAUACUCCAAAGUACACAGACAGUAAUGUAGAACAUCACUUCCGGCACUACACUCAUGGAAAAAGUGUAUCUGAUGCAGACAUCUAUCUCUACAAUAAACCUGGUGGUCAAGGGACUGGCGGGAAAGGCAUUGCCUGUAUUGCCUUAUCUAUUGUGGAUCAACAUGGAAACCUCAUAGUGACAACACAGCAACAAGAGCAAGCAGACCCUUCCAGAUUAUGUUUUCCCAUGGAUCUCAUUCAGGAGGCAGACUUCAACAAGUUGACCUGUGUCUCCAGAUAUGAGAGCAACUUUGAAGCAAAAAUAUCCGACCCCAACACCCUUGUACGUUUUGACAUCUGGGAGCAGGGAAACAUCAGUCUGUUGCAACUUACUGAAAAACUUCAGAAUGGUCUUCGUCAUGCUCUUUGUGAUGUUGUUAUGGAAUUUCGAAUGCUCCAAUGCCCACUGUGUGUGGAAUCCUACUGCCCUGUCAUGAUCAUGCCAGAAUGUGACACAAAUGGUCGACUUAACAGGUCAGGGUCAGAGAUUAAAGAAGCAAUUACCCUUUCUAGCAGUAUGACUGGAAGUAAAAGCAGCCCUGUCCCUGUUUCCAUAUCCACCCCUGGCAACUCGGAAUCCACCACUCCAACAAGCAAGACAGGCCGACGCAGUUUCUGGGAUAUGCUGAGUAAGACUGAUUUCUCUGACAUUGGCAGCCCUAAGACCACAGAUGACAUUGUUCUAGAAAGGACUGAUGACAGUCGUAUCCGUCGUAGGCACAAAACGGAACAUUUGAAGCAGUCUUCAAGUCAUGAUCGAACAUCCACAGUGGAACUGGAACAAACACAGAGGCAGGCAGCUUCAAGAAGGAAGCGGACUGGCCAGCUAGAGGAAGGAGACCUGGGAUCUCUUCAUCCUCUGUUUCAUGUCACGUGUCAGCAGUGGAUGGCAUUCAUGGGUAGACUGGGAUGUCCCUCAGUACAGCAGUGUUCUGUUGAUAUUGGCUCUCGAUUUUUACUCAGCUCCAUUCUCACUGAGAUUGUGAAUUUGAUCAGCAAUCUUGCCACUGACACAACUGUUAAAAUCUUUGAAAAAAUUAGUUCUCCACAUGGCUCCACUUUCCUGCCAUAUUCUCUCAGUCAACACUCCUCUACUCGACCUGGUUCAGCUAGACAAUUCAUUCUGAUUGGACGUAAUUUCCACCAGUGGCGUUACAGUACAGAACAAGCUCACAAAGGAUUUCAGAAGUUUGAAGCAGUAGAGUUCAAUACGGCUGAGAAAUCGGGCGAUUCCUCAAGCCCAGGGAUGAGUGGGAGGGGUAUGGUCCCCCGGCAGCGAUUCCUCAUAAUUGACAUCGUUGAUAAAAAGCUAACCCUUUAUACCUACAACUGGUCAGUGGAUCUGGGAGUUUCAUUGAAUCGAGGAUUAAUUCGCCUUAUUCAGUGGCAGAAUGCACGCUCUCAUGUGGUACACUGCCUCCUCAGUCAAAAGAUGGGUCUGUUCCAUCAUUAUUGUUUUGCUGAUACACCUGUAUAUGAUGACUCCAAACAGGAACCAAAUCCAUUCCUCCAGUCCACAUUGGAAGCUGAUGCACUGAUCAAGAGCCCAACCCCGCCACCAAGUAAGGAACAGGGGCGGCUGAGUUCUACAAACCGGAGUCUUCCAGUUCUUCACUUUCCGCCAGAGAUUGUUCCAUUUGAUGAGGCCCUGCGUGAUGUCACAGUACCUAAAGUGAUGCGACAAUUACACGAUGUGGGGCUGAAUGACCCCGUCUCGCGUCAUGGCACACAGUUCCUAGAAAUCAAAAACCUGGAGCGGAGAGAGAUGGAGAAACAGAUGAAAAUUGAGAACCUAUUUGUGACAUGGCAGCAACGUUCUGCCCAGUCCAACAUGCCUAUUACACUUGGUGAUUUGGAUACCCUGAAACAGUCUUCACGUCUUGUUCAUUACUGUGCCACCCCACUGCUGUUUGAUCCCGUUUUUAGACAACAAAUCCAAGCAGAACAGCAGGUUGGAUCUGAGGGAAAGAAGCGUCAUCGUUCUAAUGACUCAACUGCAUCAGGAAGAGACCGAAGUCACAGCUGUGAUUCUGUGGAAACCAUGCCUUUUAAGCUAAAGGAGGAACAGUGGCUGGGAGAAAUCUCCAAUGCAUUCAUGCAGCAGUACAUCCAGUACUUACAGAGCAUGGGCUUUAUCCUAGUGCAGGUUCGCCCACCAUCUCCUACGAGGAGCUUGGGGCGGACUCGGCCACUGGACUCACGACCUAUCUCCAUUCACAAGCAGAAAAGUGAUGACAGUCCAAAGAGCAUGGAUGGCUCCAGUGUAAUGAUCUAUCAUCUUCAAAGGGCUCUGCCAGGUGGAAUUGUACUUAUGGAGCUUGCUUUCCAGGGCUGUUACUUUUGUGUGAAACAGUAUGCCCUUGAAUGCUCCCGGAUUCCAAUGGGACAGUCUGUCAAUUCUCAGGGCUCUCUAGUGUCCAAAGCUCGUAUCAAGUGCCUUGCCGAAGUGAGUUCGGUCUCAGAGUCAGCGCUGUCAAUGUUGUUUACAGAGGAGUGUGACAAGGUUCGGGACCUGAUGCAUGUUCACUCCUUUAGUUACGAUUUCCACCUGCGCAUCAUUCAUCAAUAUCUGGUCGGCCGUCAGAUGACUCUGAGGCAGGGCUACCACUUGACUAGCUUCCUAGAAGAUUUUAUCUGUCACCACCCAGAUAUUCCAAAAUAUGGAAGGAACCACAUCUUUGAAGGGACUAUAGCUCUGUCCACAAACAUGACAACUGCUCAUCAGCUGUAUAACUAUAUCACAGACCAUGCCAGUAUAUAUGGAAUGAAACCGCUGCGAAUGUCAAGAACAGCAAUGGGUAUGGAGGGAAGAAAGGGGACCCAGAACACAGAAAUGCAUGAGUAUGCAUUAGUAGCCCUUUGGAAUCGAUCUGGAUCAUAUAAAGAUUCUGAAGGAAUCAGACAUCAUGAUGAGUUUGAUGUGUCCUUGUUGGUGUGUCAUAGUGCAGGUCCUUUUGAAGAGUUACCAGAAACAGAACGCAACAUGCUACGAUUGCGUUUCUAUGUGAUCAUGACAAGCUGCCGGGAGUUGUUCCCAAGACUAACUGCUGAUAUGAGACGCUUUAAGAAAUUACCACACACUCGUAGAGACUCUUUUGACUUCACAAGAGAUCCCUCAUUGUCAGAAAAAUAUGAACCCGAACAGAGGGAGGCUGACCCAGAUGGCUGGGAUGAGACAGGCGAUUCCAGCGAAUUUUACUUGCACAGGAAACCAUUGAAGAUGGCUCCAGAACUAUUCUAUUCCUCUCCACUCUUCCCUUUACUGGCAUCAGAAGUAGCAACAGCCCAAGAACAGAUUACAACGAUGGUUCAGCAAGCGAAGUCCCACUGUCGUCGUGAUGUCCUCUGGCAGCGCCUCUUUUUGGGAGAGCAUUUGUCUUCAGACAAACACAAAAUGAGCAAGCUGUCCUUUGCAGAACUGGAAGAGUUACUUGGAGCUGUGCAUAGUAAAUCAAUUUCUGAAAUCGACCCGCAACUGGACUGCUUCCUGUCAAUGAGUACCAGCUGGUAUCAGAGUCUAAUCAAGGUUUUACUCAACCGAUUCUCCCAGAGUUGCCGACUCUUUGUAGAUUCAGAUAGAGGAACCCAGUACUUGGUAAGUUUACACCAAAUGUCUAGCAAAUAUAUAUCCAGAGCCUGUUUUAAGUUAAGGAUGAUUACAUUUCCAGACAUGCCAACAGUCUCUUUAUCAAAACUUGAAGAUCUCCUAUGGCUUAUCGAAGUUAUUUUUUCUUUCUAG